AUGGCGGCAUUGGACGAGUCGGAUCGCAAGGUGGUCAAGGCGUUGGGCAAGCGAUUGAGAAAUAAGAUGCCGACGCAUGUCAAGACUAUUCCGCGUACCGGCAAGGUGGAUGUGUUUUCCGGACGGCGAUUGGUGGACAACAUGCUCGAGCACUGCGGCGACUUGGUGGAAGAUCGCAACCGAGCGUCUUACUACGCUCACUUGUUGCUCAAAGUAGACUACAUCAAGCGCGGGCGCUUUAUCUUGGUUGAUGACCCCAAUGCAAAGAACGACCUCAAGAAGAAGCAGUUUUUACAGAUUGACAACCACCCGAGUGUCCAGUUCAAGUUUCAAGAUGAGAUGGUGCCGUACUUCUGGGUGUAUUCCAUUACCCCCCUCUCGACCUGGCUGAUUCUGGGCGGCAUUCUUUUGGCGGGCGUCGCCUUUGUGACCAUGCCCGUGUGGCCCAACUGGGCUCGCGAGGGUACACAAUAUGUCAGCUGGGGUGGCAUUGGCCUCCUGGGCCUGCUCAUUAGUCUCGAACUCGUGCGGUUUACCCUGAACAUGCUCGUGUUUCACCUCUCCGGCAAGACCAAGGACUUUUGGCUCUUUCCCAGGCUGAAUGAUGAAGAUCUGGGCUUUUGGGAAAGCUGGACGCCCCUCUACUGCCUCGAGGAUUAUCAACCUCCCAAGGAGAAGAAGAAAAAGAGGAAGAGCAAGCGUUCGGUGAGCUCAGAGCCCUCGAUCGAGAGCGGUGGCGAGGACGAGGGCAAGGGUGAGGCUGAGGCCGCUUCUGCGCUCAGUGACGAGGACAAUGCAGAGAGCAACGCAGAGGAGACCGUGUCUGCAUAA